UUGAGAGCACACCUCCGCAGCACAACGUGCAACGUGCAGCAGCAUGGUGGCGGAUGUGUUUGCAUUGGCAGUGGUGCGGGCCGGGCGAUCCCUGGUGCACAGCGCCAGCGCACGAUGGCAGCGUGUCGCGAGGGUGCCCAUCGCACCUGUUCAACACGCAUGCUUGAUGUGCAGUAAUAGCAGCAGCAGCAGCAGUAUCCACGUAUCUGCAGCUGACAGGAACCCUGCGCGCAUCAUGAAUCACCGCGCCAUGCACGUGGCCGCGUCCAUGCACAACGGGGCUCGGAAUGGCGGUACCGAUAUUAGUGGUAAUGGCGAUGGCGGCGGCAGUGUUGGUGGUCGCAAGGCUAGCGAGCGCCGCUCGCGUCCUUUCUACCGCACACCUGCAACAGCAAAGCCAGGGUUCUAUGCCAAGAAGAUGAAGAAGUGCCAGGAUGUCGGCGACCAUGUGGAGGUGUUCCGCAUCUGGGAAGACAUGCAGCGCAAGCAGAUCCGGCCCGACCUGUCGGUGUACAACCACUUGUUGUCAUCUUGCGCCAAGUUGGGGAGGGCAAAGACUGCCUUCACCCUCUUCAACGAUCUGAAGAAGGAUCAGCUCCUGGAGCCGGACGAGUUCACCUUCUCCUCCCUCUUCAAGUGCUAUGCGCACUCGUCAACAGACCCAGAGCGCGCCAAGGCCGUCAUCAUGAGGCUGCGCGACGUAGGGCAACGGGAUGGAUGGAUGGGGGAAGUAGAUGUGAAGCACGGGGAGGAGGAGGAGCGUGUGCUUUGUGAGAGUGCGAAUUGUGCAACUGUGUGUGGAGCCAGCUGUGCUGACACCUCAUAGUGAGUGGCAGGUUCUCUUGCUUCAACUCACCACCGGCUAUGCUCACUGUCAUCUUCAUUGCUUGCAUGCACGAAUGUUGUGGCAGGAUGUGUAUGAGAUGGAUAUUCCCCGAAACGCAUAUCUGUACAAUGCAAUGAUGAACGCCAUGUUUGCACGCGACAUGUACGACGCACUCUUUGAGACGUUCACAUUCAUGUCUGAGGAAGUGGACAAAACAUCUAAUGCGGUUGACGUGGCAACAAUCUCCCUCCUCGUCAAGGCCUGUCGGCACACGGAUGAUUUCGAUCGAUUGGGCAAAGUUUACGAACUUGCGACGCUGACGGGAGCCGUGGACGCGCGUGUGUGCCGGGAUGUGAUGAUGACGCUCAAGCAGUGGGCUGUCAAGAACUACCUGCCUGCAAAGCGGAGGGGCUCCAAGGGUGAUCCGCUGAAAGUGCAGAAGCAGCGGGAGCUCCUGGGCCAGAUUGGCGAAGCAACAACAGCGACACUUGAGCUUGGGCUGACACAUGAACUGGGCGGCGACCUCGUGUUCAUGCGCGAUGCGGCGCAUGCGCUGCUGCUGUCUGGUGGCCAGGGGGAACAGCUCCUCUCCCGUCUCCGCUCGCUCCUGUCAUCGUCGUCACCGGACAUUCGCACGCGUGUUCUUGCACACCUCCUCCGCCACACGAACGUCUCGUACCGCCACCAGCAUCUCACCGAGCACCAGAUCACCUCCCUCGUCACCCAAUUUGCUGCCGAUGUCAUCCCACCGCACACACUUGCUGCCCUUGAAAGCUACGUUUCCACACCGCCUACCAGCCAUCGCACGCGCCAGUUUUCAAACACAUUCGACCGCGACCCUCACGGCGUGCUCGCCCUGCAGUUUACGGGCACAGAUGCCGAAAAGCUGCGAAACCGCUUUCCCGUUUCGGCAGGUGACGCCCGCACCAACUUGCUCCUUCCACUGCUACGCGCGCCGGCCUACAGCGCGCUGGAGGCGAAGGCAGCGCUGCUGGGGCAAGAGGUGGGCGUGCGUGUGCAGGGAGAAGCAAGCAACCGCCACAUGCAGGCAGUUCGAUGCCAAAUUGCGGACUGGCCCAAGGCAGGCGCGCACAGUGGCGAUGGUGGCGAACGAGCACAUAGUGACGCCAACACCAACAACGACGGUGCACCACCACUCGUAUCAGCAACAACAACAUCAUCAUCAGCAGCAGCAACAUCAUCAGCAGCAGCAACAUCAUCAGCACCACCACUCGUAUCAGCAACAACAUCAGCAACAACAACAUCAUCAGCAGCAGCAGUUGCAGCAGUAGCAGUCGAGGACGUUGAAUCAGCCACGCCUCAAGCACCAACGCCAGCACAGGCACCACCAGCACCAACAUCAGCACCAUCAGCGUUGAUACCGCAGGAAGGGUACAUUGUGUUGUCGACGUCCCCCAUGGUGCGACCGGGGUAUGAGCACCACUUCCUGCGCAAGAAGCCGCCAGCACGCCGCGCACACCUCGCCAUCAAGGGCAAACUCGUCUACAAGUGCACAAAUGAUCGGGGACGCAUCCAAGUGAUUGCAAACGAGAACCUGAUGCGACAGCACAUCGCAAAGCACCGCUCGUCCCAGCAGCCCUCGACUGAGUUGACUGGCGAUCAAGCAUCGACAUUGCAAGAACUGGUUGCUGCGCUCCUCGCUGCCUACAAGUCCGGCUGGCAACUGCAGGCGAUGCAAAAUGUUAUGGACAGCUUCAAGCCAGUGGUUUCGUCGUGGCGGCCGGAGACACUCGCCUUUGCGCUGGCGGCGAUCUGUGAAGGCCAAUUCUACAAGAUGACCACGCCAAACGCGUUUUGCCAGCAGCUGGAGUGGUGGCUGCACCACUUCACAUCAACUCAGGACCAGGAGUGCAGUGCGUUGGAUUUGAUCACCACGGUGAUGGCCACGCGGCCAACGCUCAUCGCAAACUCGCGACUGCCGUCGCUGCUGUACGAGGCACUGACCCGAAUGCAACCACCGGCUGCCGUUGAUUUCGUGCACCUGUCUCACGUCUCGGCAGCUGAGCUUGGGGUUGAGGGCCAGAUGAUGGAUGCGUCUGUGCGCGUUGCUCUUCCCGACAGCAACCACGUGGACAUGAAUUAUCGCGUGCACAUGCGUCUGCCAUCACCACAGCAGCUGCGAAACCGCCUCGGCUGGCGGGAUGCACAUGUGCCCGUGCUGACAACAGACGCGCACGCCGCUGACGCCGACGACUUUGCGUUCUUCGCUCGCGUCACUCCAGUGCACAAGGACGGCAGCAGCCCUGCCAUGGCCAGGAGCAGUGGCGUUGUCAACGAAGCUGCCAAUGAUGGUCGUGUUGGGACGGACAGCGACAAUAGCACCACCGCAGCAGCCAGCGAUCAAGGGCUGCCUGCGAAUGUGGAGGCGCUAUUGCGGGUGUACAUCGUGUCGCUCGCGCUAACGUCCAAGCAGCCGCUGACGGCAGGCGACCCAAAGGCCAGGAUUAGUCAUGCAUGAGACAAGUUGAGUUUGUUGAUGUGUGUGUGUGGGGGGGGGGGAGUGGUUGUUAUGGUGUGAAU